GAUGGAGUCUAGUAUUGCAAUCUUCAGAAGUCUUCACUGGAUAUUUAUCAAUUGCAGGGUAAAUGUUGGCGAAUGGUUUCAAGCAUUGUGGAACAUUUUCUAGCUAUACGGUGCUUUGGUCUUCUAAUUGUAAAAACGAAGAAAGAAUAACAGUAAAUACGCAAAAAUAACAAUGUCAGAUGACUACAACACAAAUAGUCUGAACAAUUAUCUUGAUCAACAACUUGUAGAAAGCUCUGUGCCAUUGUUAAAUGAAAGAAGAUCUGAUGAAUGGUGUAUUCUGGAAUUGUGCUUGAAUCAGAGGCUUGUGACUCUGAAAUGGUUCCUGGAUGACGCGCGUAGAGCUUUUGUGAAUGGGAUGCCACUACUAGCACAUCGUUUGUAUUCUCAAGCGUUGGAUGUUGAUCCCAUGAACAAGGCCGUUUGUGCAAAUCUAUACUACAAAAGGGGGUUCAUUAUGUGCACGUUAAAGAUGGUUCCACAAGCCAUUAUGGAUUUCACAGACGCCAUUGAGUUGGAUGUCAGUCAUCUGAAAGCACACCUUCUCAGGGCGAAGUGUUACCACGCAAUUGGACAAUAUCAGAAAGCCAGUAAAGCACAUUAUGAAAUCUACGCCAUGACAGGCAGACCAGUGUAUUAUCGAUUAUCUCAAGAAGCAUACAAUGCGAAGUGUAACCUCCGUUUUGCCCUCUAUACCCUAUCGCUGACUGAAGAUUGUUCAGUCUUGGACGUCGAGGAAGCCUUUCGUAGGGAGGCGCGACUGCAUCACCGAGAUCGCCAUCCGUGGGCGAGGGACGAGGUACGACGAGCUCGUCAAUUUCUCCUUGAUUUUUUGAGAAGGAAGAAUCGUUUCAAUAAUCACCAAGUGUGGUUUUCGAACACAGAUUAUUUUGAACUCUGAAUAAGCUCAAGUUGAUCCAAGAUCAACCAAUUUAAAGAACAACACUGACAGUGGGUACUAAACAAAAAAGUCAUGAUUUUAUCUUUUUUUAUCAUACUUACGCACAUGAGACUUACAUCCAUCUCACUAGUACCUCCUUAUUGAUAUACGCAGGUCUCACCCACUCAUCACA